UGCCUCGUCCUCCACCUCCGCACUUUUCAUCUCGUUUCCUCCUUCCUCUCAUCCAUCCACCUCGCCGGGUUUAUACAUUAGGAGACUUGGUAUCGACCCUUUGGUGCCAACUACUAGACUCCGUAUCCUUGCUUCUUUCCAUUUUUUCCUUCUACGUACGAUUACACGUAUACUCGUACCCUCAUAUCUUUGGGUCUAUACCCACAGACUUGUCUCAUAACUCAAAAACCUUGCCUCGUCCACCCUCCUCUCGAUCUCUUGACUCCCCUACCUUUAUCGAUAUACCGUCAAUAUAGAUAUCCAUCAUGUCUGAUACAUCCAUCACUUCGCCAUCGGACUCUGAAAAGGGCCGCUACGAUGUGAAAAAGACUGCCAACCCCAACCUGUCAGACGAGUCACCCGGUGAGACUGGCGAAGAGUUCCGCGAAGACGCCGAACGCGCCAUCGCAGAGGCAGGCGAGCACAAAUUCAACCGGUUAGGAUGGAAGCGUCUCACCGUCGUCCUCAUCGUCGAAGCCAUUGCCCUCGGCAGCUUGUCUUUGCCCAGUGCUUUUGCUACUCUUGGUAUGGUGGCUGGAACCAUCUGCUCUGUUGGCCUCGGUCUUCUUGCCAUCUAUACCAGUGAUCUUGUCGGCAUGGUCAAGAUCAAAUUCCCCGAAGUUGCCCACUAUGCCGAUGCUGCUAGGUUGGUUGCUGGCAAGUUUGGAUAUGAGCUCGUUGGAGCCAUGUUCGCCCUUCAGCUGGUUCUGCUCAUCGGAUCGCACUGCUUGACAGGCGCCAUUGCCCUGCUCAACAUCUCCAACAAUGCCAUCUGCUCCGUGGGCUUUGCAGCAAUCUCCGCCAUCAUCCUCUGGCUUCUGGCACUUCCCCCCAGUUUCACCGAACUGGCCAUCCUAGGCUACAUCGAUUUUGCUUCCAUCAUCAUUGCCAUUGGUAUCACCAUGAUUGCUACCGGUAUCAAGGCUGGCAACGCCGACGGCGGCCUGUCAUCAGUUCCCUGGUCUGCAUGGCCUAAGGAGGACUUGACUUUCGUCGAUGCUUUCAUUGCUAUUACAAACAUCGUCUUUGCGUACAGCUUUUCCAUCUGCCAGUUCUCCUUCAUGGACGAGAUGCACACUCCCAAGGACUAUAAAAAGUCCAUCUGGGCUCUUGGCCUCAUCGAGAUUGCUAUUUACACCAUCACCGGUGCAGUCAUCUAUGCCUUUGUUGGACCUGAUGUCAAGUCCCCCGCUCUGCUCUCUGCCGGCCCUCUCAUCUCCAAGGUUGCUUUUGGUAUUGGCUUGCCCGUCAUCUUCAUCUCGGGAUCCAUCAACGGCACCGUCGUCGGACGCUUCAUUUUCUCACGCGUCUUCAAGAACUCCAUCAUCCGAUACAUCAACACUCCCAAGGCAUACGCCAUCUGGGCUUCUCUUCUUGCUGUCCUCACCAUUAUCGCUUGGGUCAUUGCCGAAGCUAUCCCCUUCUUCUCCGACCUUCUCUCUAUCUCGUCAUCCCUCUUCAUUUCCGGCUUCACCUACUACUUCCCCGCCAUCUUCUGGUUCAUGCUCCUCCGUGAAGGCAGCAUCUUUGAGAGGAAGAACCUUGUCCACCUGAUUCUGAGCAGUAUUUCCAUGAUUGUUGGUCUUGUUGUGCUGGUCGCUGGAACCUACGCCAGUGCUGUUGACAUCAAAAACCAAUACCGCAAUGGAAGUGUCCGGGGACCCUUCACCUGCGCACCUUUGGCGUAAAUCGCCUGAGCGCUGUUUACGAAGCUGUACAUCAAUUUUAUGAAGACAUGAAUUCUUGUUAUUGUAUUAUGCGUUUUUAUUAUUUAUAGCAUUAGGUUAGGCUAGUAGCGAUACCAUUAUUGAAACUUUUCUACCAAU